GAGCUCUCCCCCUGUGACCUGGACCUGGGAUCUGGGCAGCAUCUCUGCUGUUGUAACAUCCAGUUCUCAGGGCUCGCUGCUUCCUCCAGACAAAAGCAUUAGGACUCUCAAGGGUUCAAAUAAAGGGUUACGUUACAGCUCUUCACACAAACGUUCCCUUCGGUUUGGGGACAUCAGGGGAGAAAUAGUCCCAAGGUUUUCCUAUUCCAAUGAUUUCUCUAGCCUCUGACGCUGCCCUGUUGCUGAUUCAUUGAUUCAGACCGUUUAAAUACUGGGAGGGGACAUAGCACUCUGCUCACACAGCAGCACUGGGCUUUCUGCUGCUCAACAUCUCCCUGGCUCUGCGAGAUCUGAGCAGCAAGACACAGGGCUGGCCCCAUGGCGCUGACAGGCUGGGUCCCGCUGCUCGUGGGGUUUCAAGUCCUUCGCUUGGCGCUCGGGCAGUGUCCUGAAGAAUGUCAGUGCUCCAAAUCAGCCCAAGUGGCGUGCUCAGGAGCAGGGAUCACGCACCUUCCCAGCCCCAUCCCCGCGAACGCCAUGAGCCUGCAGAUAAUCAACACCCGCAUCGCUGAGCUGGGGGACGCUCCCUUCGGCAACGUCUCCAUGCUGAUUGCGCUGAGAAUUGAGAAGAACGACCUGUCUCGGAUCAGCCCCAGAGCCUUCCAGGGCCUGGCUGCCCUGCGUUACCUCAGCCUGUCCAGCAAUAAGCUGCAAGAGCUGCCCGUGGAGCUCUUCCGAACCUUGGGGAAACUCGAAUCGCUGCUGCUGUCGGGCAACCAGAUCCUGCACAUUCAGCCCUCCCACUUUGCCCAGCUCAGCAACCUCAAAGAGCUGCAGCUGCACGGGAACAGCCUGCAUUCCCUCCCGGAGGGGGUGUUCGACCGACUGACCAGCCUCACCAAGCUCAACCUGGCCAAGAACAGCAUCUCCGCCCUCCCGGCCAAGGCCUUGCGGAGGCUGCCGAGGCUGCAGGUGCUCAGGCUGUACGAGAACCAGCUCCGUGAGAUCCCUGCGGGCGCCUUCGACAGGCUCCGGGAGCUGCAGGAGCUGGGGCUGCACCAGAACCAGAUCAGGCGCCUGCCGGCCGGGCUCUUCGCACACAAUGGCCAAUUGCAGAAGCUCUUUCUGUCCAACAACGUCAUAGCAGCUCUUCCCCAGGGGGUCUUCCUGCACCUGCCUGAGCUCUCCAAGCUGACACUCUAUGGGAACGCGGUGCGAGACAUCGCCCCUGGGGCCUUCGGGCCCAUGCCCGAGCUGAGGGAGCUGUGGCUCUAUGAUAACCAGCUCACCGCCCUGCCAGACUUCGUCUUCAGCAACCUCACCCAGCUGCAGCUGCUGGUUCUGAGCAGGAACCAGAUCCGCACCAUCUCCACCUUUGCCUUCCAGGGCCUGGGCGAGCUCCUGGAGCUGUCUCUGCACUCCAACGCUCUGCGCACCUUGGAGGGAGCGCUCUUGCAGGGCCUGCCCAAGCUGCAGAACAUCUCCCUGCAGAACAACAGGCUGCGUGCCCUGCCGGGGGACCUGUUCCGGAACGCCACUGGGCUGCUCAGCCUCCAGCUGCAGAACAACUCCCUGGAGAACCUCCCCGCAGGCCUCCUCGAUCCUCUGGCCCAGCUGCACCAAGUGAAGCUGCAUGACAACCCCUGGCGUUGCGACGCCAGCAUCCUGGCGCUGAAGAACUGGCUCCGAGUCAAUCUGCUGAAGGUGGGAGACAGCCUGCCCGUGUGCGCCCUGCCGCUCCUCGUGAGGGGUGCCCCAGUUGUAUCGUUUGAUGAGGGGCACUCCUCUCCGGAGACCCCUUCUGGGGCCACGACAUACGGGCCCAACCCCACCUCCUUCGGUCACCCAGAAAUGUCACCCUACGCCCAUCCAUCCGACCAGGCUCCAGAGAAAGUUCCACCAACACCCUUCAGCCCCUCGCUGGCCAACCAGCCAAGCGUAGGGACGGCGAGUGGGUCCCUGACCAGGCCACCGGCCGUCCCUGGCGUCACCCAGAGGGGGCUGUGGGGCCUGACUCGCACGCAGAGCGGGGUGGUGGUUGCUGUCAUCACGCUGGGCUGCCUGGCAGUGCUCUGCACGCUGGUGGGGCUGGUAGCCUACAGCUGCAGGAAGAGGAGCCAGGUGGUCCUGGAGCGAAGGAAGGGGCAGAACAAAGCGUAGGCUGGACACCGUGAAGCUUUGUGCGGAUUGCGUUGGCACUGCAGAGCCCCUCUGUGCCCCGCCCCCUCAGGGCACGGCCAGUGGGUGUGGGGCUGGGAGAGGGGGAGGAUUUCAGUCCAUAUGCUACCAGUAGGCCUUACAUCGACUAUAGUGACUGGGGCUAAAUUGCCUUCCUCACAAACCUCCUCACCCUGCCCUGUAGGCAGAGCCUGAGGCCUGUUGUCACCCUGGCCCCUGUGGGUGCCACCAUGGGCCCAGCCUAGGCACACAGGAAGAAUCCCCCCCCAGGGGCUCUCCAUGGCCACCCCAUGAGUGGCACAGCUCCACCCAUGCGCUGCGUGGUGGGGUCAGCCUGGGGCCUUGGACGUAGGCUAGAGGCAGGCACCAAACGCUGGCUUCCCCCCAGCAGCUCUGAGGCAGAGCCGUGGGCGCGUGAGGAGGAGUUGGCGCAGUCAGUCCCUGGCUCUUCGUCCCUCUCACUGUCCCAGCUCCGUCACCUGCGAGGGUCCAGGGCUCUGCUGGGGAAGGGCCAGGGGCCUGUGAGGAGCAGGGCCAGCCUGACGCUCUGCCUGGCCUCUGAGCUGCCAGCACCGCAGCACCACGUGCGCAGGGAUCCGAUGGCCAUGGCCCUGCUGUCAGGACAGGGCAGGCUCCACUCCCAGGCCAGCUGGGCGUAGGGUCCCCGGAGCCGCACACUGACUCUGCUGGGGCUCGAGCCCAGCCGUGACACAGGUGUGUCGUGGCCGAGUGUGUCCGUGGGGGUGCCCCAGCCCUCCAUAGCUCCUGCUCCCAUCAGCCCUGGGGCAGAGCUGGCCGUAGAAUCAGGCUCCAUACCCAUGAGCAACUCGCAGAACCAAUCAGCCCAAUUCAGGCAAACAAUUAUACUGCAUGGAAACUCAGGAAAAAAUGGGCACAAUCCGAACGCCUGGUGCCCCGGAAACGCUGCGGCCCAAGGUCUGGGCUGGAUUGGUGUGUGUCUGCAGUGCAAUCAGCGGGGGUGGGCGUCCCUGUGCUCCCGCACUGCAUGCUGUUUGCUAUGGAGCAUGGACCUUCCUGUUUUUUCACCUCUCAGCACCCAUAACACUGACCCCUACAGCAGUGCCCAGUGUCUGCCUCUCCCCCGUUCGCUAUGGCACAACACCCCCCAUUCUGCCAUCCCCCCAUUUCCAGUAUGGACUGGAAUCCCUCACCUACCAUGGCUAGAGCCAUCUCCCCACUCCGGAGCCGACUCCCCUGACUAUCGUGCUGACCAGUGUCGUCCCCACUGACCUGUCUGUAUCCACCUGUUGUCUCUUGGCCAAUACUUAGAGUGUGAGCCCUAUGGGGCAGGGACCUUCUGUUUGCUCUGCGUUUGUACAGCCCCUUGCACAAUAGGUCCUGGCCCAGGGCUGAGGUUCCUAAGUGCUACAGCAAUAUGAAGACUAAGUGACAAUAAAAUAUCACUGACCCAACCAAACUCCACUCUGUCUGGUCACUAACCUCUCCUCUCACUUCUCCAGACACCGGACUCUGAGAGCCGCCGGCCGUGAGGCCCCAGGCAGCUGCAUCUCCCCCACCCUCCAAAGCACAUGGUGACUGAGCAGGCCGAACAGCUCCCUU